AUGGUCCUUUUAACAACUUCCGUGCUUUCGCUUCGCGGUGCCCUCUAUCGCAGCGGACGAUCGUUUCGCUUCAGACAACCCACAGUUGUCGAGCACGACGCUCUUGUCGAAACCAAAAGAAAUGUUGUGGUGGCAUAUCCACCAAACUCGAUGGAGUCGUUGGACAAUCAAGAAGCCAACUUGCGAAUUUUCCCAAAUUUUCUGCUUUGA